CGAGGGCCUUCCAAUUAGGAAGGUCGGAUCAGCAGUCAGCGACAUGGCCAAUCACCCCGAAAAGAGAACACACAAAAUCCCAGAUAUGCUACGGUUGGAAUUCCUUGCCAUGGUUGCAAUCUCCUAUCAGGUUUCUUACCAUCACCCCUCCUCAUCCGCUUCCCCGGACGUUGCCCCGGCACUGACCCCAACCGUCGGUGACGUCCUUCCUCUGCGCCAGCCUGACUUAAGGCAUUGGGUGCGCUACCUACUGUGUUCCAAUCAAUGGCAUAUUUUUGACAUCUACCUCACAUUUGAUCAACACCAUACCCCAUCCGCUCUUCCUGACCCAAACCCUCGGGUCUCAUCGGCCGGCAACAAACGUGCAGGUGGCACAAAGGUUAAACGGGUCUACAUACAACCUUCAACCGCGCCAGAUCAAAACUUAUCUCCAUAGAUCUGUACAGCCUUCAUGUGCCUAUCUACGCCUGUCCAAGUCUCGUGAGCAGUCAUCUUUGUUCGAGGCCAUCCAACCUUCUCCCUGUCGACAACUCGACUUCCAGGCUGGGAGGAUACACCAAAAAUGAAGUCGGAGCACGAAGGGUCGGUUGAAAGCGGCAGUGGCCCCGAGCUGCUAGACGGGCUUGUCUCGCUCGACAAGGACUCGCAACUUCAACGUGGGUUGAAAAGUAGACACAUUCAGUUUUUGGCACUGGGUGGCGCCAUCGGAACAGGUCUUUUUGUUGGCUCUGGUGGAAUUCUCGCGCUUGUCGGUCCACUGCCAUUAUGGCUGGGUUACCUGUCACAGAUGUUUGUUGUGUGGUGUGUGAUGAACGCGAUUGCUGAGAUGACUACCUAUCUUCCGAUGAGAGGAAUCACGCUACCAUAUUUCACGAACCGGUAUGUCGAUAGCAGUUUGGCUUUUGCGGCCGGCUGGAACUAUUGGUAUGCGUAUGCCAUUCUGGUGGCAGCGGAAGCUUCAGCGGGAGCUAUCCUGCUGGAUUACUGGGACACUCCCGUUCAUGCUGCUGUUUGGAUCACGAUCAUCUUGGUUGUCUGCCUGGCUCUCAACAUCAUUGCCGUUGAGGUGUUUGGCGAGGCCGAGUUUUGGUUUGCCAGCAUCAAGCUGAUCACCAUUCUGGGUUUGAUCAUUACGGGAAUUGUCAUCAUGGCCGGCGGAGCGCCCAACAGGGAAGCGAUUGGGUUCGGGACUUGGAAUGAUCCUGGCGCCAUCAAACCAUAUGUGGCAACGGGAAGUUGGGGCAACUUUUUGGCAUACUGGACGGCAUUUGUCAGAGCUGGGUUCAGUUUCAUCACCUCCCCUGAGCUUAUCGGUCUCGCGGCUGGUGAAACUGUUGCUCCUCGGCGGAACAUUCCCAAGGCUGCUCGCCGCUUCUUGUACCGUCUGGCUAUCUUCUACGGUGUCAGCAGUUUGAUUCUCGGCUGUCUCGUCCGAUCCGAUCACCCGCGCCUUUUGUCCCCUGAGUCGAACGCCAACGCCUCUCCCUGGGUCAUCGGUAUUCAGGAAGCAGGCAUUGGUGGCCUUAACCACGUCAUCAAUGCCGCCAUUCUCACCUCUGCGUGGUCAGCCGGUAAUGCCUUUCUUUACUCUGGAUCACGUAUCCUGUACUCCUUGGCGGCAACCGGCCAAGCACCACAUAUUUUCACCAGGACUACACGCAGAGGUGUUCCUUACGCCGCCGUCCUUGGGACGUGGUCGCUCGGGCUUCUGGCCUACCUCAACGUCUCUGAAAACGGCGCCACAGUAUUCACCUGGUUCAUGAACAUCUCCACCAUCUCAGGUUUCAUCGCUUGGAUCGUGGUUCUCAUCACCUAUCUCCGCUUCCGCUCGGCUCUGAAAUUUCAGGGUCUACUAGACACACUGCCAUUUAAAACGAUCGGGCAGCCAUACCUCUCUUGGUUUGUGCUGGUUCUCAUCUCGCUUCUUACCCUCACCAACGGAUUUCAAGUGUUUGCCAUCAAGGCGGCUGACGGGGGGUUCGACUACAAGAACUUUUUGGCGGCGUACAUCACUAUUCCGGCAUUUUUGUUGUUAUAUGUGGGACACAAAAUUGUGUACAGGACGCCCUUGGCCAAAGCAUUGGCUGAUAUCGAUGUGGUGACGGGCAAGAAGGAAAUGGAUGAGUGGUGUGAGGGCGAUGUUAAGCCUGUGCCGAAGAACUGGUUGCAAAGGAUUUGGUUCUGGAUUGCGUAG